GGGAGGGUUAGUGAGCAUAGGGAAUGGGUCAUGGCAGGUCUUGGCCUGCGGGCAGAGGAGUUUGCAGAAGGCUUUAAUUUCCCAGGAUCUGUGCAGGGCAGAUGGCUGGAUUCCUGGUGUGAGAGCACAGAGGAAUACGAUUAUGAUUACCUCAGCAUCAAUAAAACCUGGGUCCUCACCCCCAAGGCACAGGAGACUGAUGCCACGCAGAUCCUCAACUUGCUGCUGAAGAACUAUGACAACAAGCUGAGGCCUGACAUUGGCAUCAAGCCCACGUUUAUUGAUGUGGAUAUCUACGUGAACAGCAUCGGGCCGGUGUCUGUUAUCCAGAUGAUGGGGAAACUGAGACCAGUAAUAGUUGUGUGGCUCUGAGGAACACUUAAGUCUUCAUUAUACUUAGCUUUGGCUGCUUUGGAAUAAGUAGGAAGAGAAUGAAAUGAAAAUGGCACGCUUCUUAAGAUGCUUGAAUGUGUUGCUCUGGAGCACAAGAUAAGCUUAUAGGUAAAGGAAAUUUGUUACCUCCUCCCCUUCUUCCCUGAUAAUAAUAGACUCCAGUGGUUGCACAGCACUUCUCAACUGAAAGGUCUUCACAAAUCAUCUGUCUAGGAGGCAAUAGCCCACAUGUACCCGUUUCUUGGGUUAUUACAAUGCCUGAAGCAUGCUGCAAUGCUCUGCCAAGGACUGUGUGCUCUUCUUGGCCUGCCCGGUGUGCAGC